GCCCCUCGUAUCUUUGAGAAAUGGUUUAGGAAAGUAGUAUAAUCAAUAUCUUAGAGUUGUCUCCCUUUGUGUGAAAACUUGGCAAUGUCAGGCAUUGAAAGCAAUCGUAACAGCACGAUUACUGCUUGAUGCCUACACAUUGAUUAUACCUGCAAGCAAACAUGAAUAGGAAAGUCCCAGACGAACUGAAAGAAAAAUAUCCACACUAUGAGACAUAUGCCAAGUGCCAGUCCUCAGCAUUCAUGGGAGGGACAUUUGCCUUUGCAACAGCCACUGCUAGUUUGUAUGUUGUACAGGAACUGCUGAAGACACGCCUCCCGUACAACUGGUCAUCCUUCUUGCUGACCUCUGUGCUAGGCGGGAGCAUGAUCUCGUAUGCGUAUACUCGCAAGAAGACCAAGGACUGUCAAGACAUGUGGAUGGCAAUGGAGGACCGACACACUGCACUGACAUCUGCUGAUGAAAGGAAAAAAAUGGAAACCAAUCAAACACACUGACAUCAACUCCGUCAUACCAGUGCUGAGUCGUCAUUUUUUGAGCAUGAUGACACAUACCAGGCCACACUCCUGUGUGACAUCCUACAAUACCUUUACAGUAAACUCCAGUUAGAACAAACUCAAGGCAACCACUAAGUUUAGUUUGUUAUAACAGUAGUUUGUUGUAUGCAUUUCGAUUAAAACGGGAAAA